UUUUUGGGGGGAUUGAUGACGUCACAACACAAACAUGGCGGCACAGGGUUGGUCGUUCGUAGCUUGGCUGUAACCAAAUCAACUGUUCGAAGUGGGUUGCCAGGCAGCUUUUUCCUACUGGAGGCGACGCCCGACGGACAGGAUGAGCAUAGCUUGAAGCACAUGAAGAGCAUUGUCAUCAUGGGCAGUAAGAAUAACAAAGCGGAAGAGGAUGAUGGAGAGCGCCGCCUCAUCGGGUCUCCAUCAGUGGACGCUGCCUCCAUUGGGGGGAACCCCCCUACACAGCCCUUCGUCUAUGUGCUGGCCUUCUUCUCAGCCCUGGGGGGGUUCCUCUUUGGCUAUGAUACCGGGGUGGUGUCGGGGGCCAUGCUGCUCCUGAAGAGGGAGAUGAACUUGAACACCCUUUGGCAGGAGCUGGUGGUCUCUAGCACUGUGGGGGCAGCCGCCAUCUCUAGCCUGAGUGGUGGCUUCCUGAACGGGCUGAUGGGGCGCAGGUACUGCACUCUGGUGGCCAGCAGCAUCUUCACCAUUGGCGGAUUAAUCCUGACGUUUGCACCAGACAAGGAGAUUCUCCUCGUGGGCAGAAUUAUCAUUGGGUUUGGAAUUGGCAUAGCCUCGAUGACCCUGCCCGUGUACAUCGCCGAGGUUUCACCACCUCACAUGCGAGGUCAGCUCGUCACCAUCAUCACCGUCCUCAUCACGGCCGGCCAGUUCAUUGCAAGUGUGGUCGAUGGCGCUUUCAGCUACAUGAAACACGAUGGUUGGAGGUACAUGCUGGGUCUGUCAGUGCUGCCGGCCAUACUGCAGUUUGUGGGCUUCCUCUUCCUUCCUGAGAGCCCCCGCUGGCUCAUCCAGAAGGGCAAACACGAGCAGGCCCGCCAGGUCCUUAGCCGGAUCCGAGGCUGCGAGGAUGUGGAUGAGGAAUACGACUUCAUCAAAACUAGCAUUGAGGAGGAGGAGAAGGGGACAAGAGGAGGGGGUCUCAUCAUCUUUCACAUGCUCAGCCACGGGCCCACCCGCAGGGCUCUGAUUGUGGGCUGCGGCCUUCAGAUGUUCCAGCAGUUGACAGGGAUCAAUACAGUCAUGUACUACAGCGCCACCAUUCUACAGAUGUCCGGUGUGCGUGAUGAAAGGCAGGCAAUCUGGUUGUCUGCCGUAACCUCUGGGACCAACUUUGUAUGCACCUCGCUCAGCAUCUGGCUGGUAGACAGAGUUGGACGCAGGAAGCUGACGCUGGGCAGCCUCACGGGUACCGUUCUGAGUCUCACCGUGUUGUCAGUUGGCUUCUUGCUGUCAGCACAGAACUCUCCAGCUGUUACACUCCAGCCGCUCGACUCCCACAACUCAUCCUGCACAUUAUACAGGUCCUGCUCAGACUGCAUGUUGAACCCUGCUUGUGGAUUUUGCUAUCAUGAGAACAGCAGCAGCAUAUUUGACUCCACCUGCCUUCCCGUCAAUCAAAAGUCCACUGACCACUCAGCAUGGGGACAGUGUGCCAACCAAACAGAGGGGCCAGAGAGUCCAUUGUGGGCGUACAACUUCUGUCCCACUUCCUACUCCUGGGUCGUCUUGAUGGGCCUCCUCCUCUACCUGACUUCUUUUGCUCCAGGAAUGGGCCCUAUGCCUUGGACCAUCAACUCUGAGAUCUACCCACUGUGGGCCCGCAGCACAGGCAACGCCUGCUCAGCAGGAGUCAACUGGAUCUUCAAUGUCCUCCUCUCGCUGACUUUCCUUCACAUCGCAGAGCUUCUCACCUAUCAAGGCAUCUUCUUCCUCUACACGGGCUUCACAGUGCUGGGCCUCCUCUUCCUCUACUGCUGCCUGCGGGAGACACAGGGUCUGCAGCUGGAGGAUAUUGAGAACCUGUUCAUGGGUCCACUGUGCUCCUGCGGCACCUCCUCAAACCUCAACAAUCAAAACAUCCAGUACAUCCGGGUAAAAGGCAACAAUUACCUCCCCUCUGACAACGACGCCUCAGACGUAGACUAGAUUUUGGGAGGUGGAUUGUGCUUUUCUAAUCUCUCUUUUGGAUUGCCUGUCUUUUUUUGGGGUGUGUAUUUGGGAAGCCUGCUAAAGCCGGGAGAAAAAUAAGGACCGGCUGCCCUCUAGUGGCGAGGAGCAAAAAAUCAGCAAAGUUUGCACUAAUGAUUAUCCCCCCCCCAUGGCACCUUCUGCUUAGGCAACUCUCUCAUCACUUCCUUUGUGCCUCUUUUACCUGGGAAGUUAAGAACUCGGUACCAUUCUCUUCCUGACUUUUUGUUUGUCAUCUUAUUGUUGGCCAUCAUCAAUAAUAAUAAUAUAAUAAUAAUACAUUUUAUUUUUAUCUUUGCAAAAUACUCAGACACUUUACAGAAAAAUUGAGUUGAAUAAAAACAAGUAAACAGAGUAAAAGAUACGUUAAAAUACAACAUUGAUUCGUUUAUACACAGUUAAAAUAUGAGUAAAAGCGGGGCGGGUCACAGCUGUCAGGUAUAAAAAGUUAGACAUUAAAAACAGAUUUAAAGAGUUCCAGAGGGUGGGGGCAGCGAUGGCGAAUCAAGGUGGUGGCACCACACAACAGGAUUCAACAGGAUUCUCAUUGUGGUCCUCAGCUUUGGAAUCACAAAACAUGAUAGUUCUGUUUCUUCUGUGUGAUUAUUGUUUUAUAUUUAUAUAUUUACACACUCCAGCGACACAACCUCAUAUACCAUACCGUAUACAGUGGCAGCUCGAUGCAGCAGCAUUGGGCUAUUAAGAGUCAAAACAUUUUAUGGGCGUCUCAAUUACUGACGUGGGAUAAGUUCCCAAUAAGUGGGAACAUAUUGUUUACUUAGCUGACAUUCACAUUUUCUACAAAUGGGAAAAGUACUGUACUCCAUGGUGGUGGAAUGGAAAUUGGGCUUUCUCUUUCUUGUUCCUUUUUUUUAUUUGAUACACAUUCCUGAGUCAUUAUCAAGCUUGGUCAUGGUUCAUGCCGAUCUAAGCGCUUCAUUUAAAAAUAUAUUACUGCUUUUAAUACAUCAUACAUACAUUGACUCCAGUCAAAAAUGUUUUUAGAAAAUUCCGGAAUUCAUUCCAGCAGACUACGGCACAAUGGGCUCAGACAGCGGCAUAGCCUAUAUAACUGUAAGUACAGCUGCUGGGAAAAGCAAAAAAACUGAACUAAACAGGAUGGAUGUGCACUGGAGUUUUAUUUCCGCCUUGUAUGC